AUGAAUAAAUUUCUAAUUUUAGCAGAGCUUAUUCACUUUCUGUCAUUUGUCUUGCUUUAUUACAAAAUUAAGAAAACUAGAAGUUGUUUAGGAAUAUCAUAUAAGACUCAAGAGAUAUAUCUGAUAGUUUUUUUAACAAGAUUUUGCGAUUUGAAUAUACAUUUUGAAACUAUAGAUUAUGUUUUGAGAUUAUUUUAUUUAACUUUGACAGCCCUUUUAAUUUACACUAUUAAAUUUUAAAAGCCUUUUUGUUUGGUAUUUAAUAUUAACUAAUUUAAUAGACAUAUUAAAAAGAUUAGGAUUAAUCUUAAUUUUAUUUAUACAUUUAUCCAGCAGCAUUUCUCCUAACUUUAAUUUUUCAUACAGGAACAUCAAUGACUUAAAUAUGCUAAUCUUUUUCUAUAUGGUUAGAAGCAUUAGCAAUUUUACCACAAAUGAAUCUAAUGUAUAAAAUUAAAGAUGUAGAGAAUUUAGCAGGAUAUUAUGUUCUCUGUUUAGGAAUUUAUAGAGGUCUUUAUGUUAUAAGUUGGUAUUGUAGAGUGUUUCAUGCUGGUUGGUGGUGUUCAACUACAAUUUUUGGAGGGACAUUAGCAGUACUUGUUUAUUCAGAUUUUGUUUAUUUAUUUUUUAAAAAUAAAGGAGCAUUUAAAGUUAUUGUUUGA